ACUCUCUCUCUCAAAAUUCAAAAAUCGCCGAGAAUUGUUUUUGUUGCUUUUUUUUUUUCUUGACAAAUUGAAAAAAGGUGUGUUGUAAUCAAAUGUGAUGGGAAGUAGCUUCUCCUCCGCCUUACCUUGCUUCAACCAAGGUCACCGUGAUCGCCGCCAUCACCCUCAGAAUCCGACUCACUCCGAGCCGUUAGACGAGAGUCUAGGCCACUCUUACUGCUACGUCCCAUCUUCUAACCGCUUCCUCUCUCCCUUCCCUUCCGAUCGCUUCGUCUCUCCUCCCGGUUCGUUCCGGUUAUCUCCGGGUCGGAUCCGGGGCCCCGGAUCAUCCGACCAGCUCCAAACCGGGUUCAGAGCCAUUUCCGGCGCCUCGGUUAGCGCCAACACAUCCAAUUCCAAAACUGUUUUCCAACUUGAAGAUAUUUACGACGAUGCCACUGUUAACACUUUCGGCGGAGGCGUGAGGAGCAGCGUCGUUAACGCUAACGGCUUCGAAGGAACGUCGUCGUUUAGCGCUCUCCCGCUACAGACCGUGCCGUUAGGUGGUCACGUGGAGGAACGAACCGGCCUCUUCAUGUCUGGGCCCAUCGAGAGAGGCGCGAGUUCAGGCCCAUUGGACCUUCCCGGAGAGGAGGUUUCGAGAUCCGACUCCGCCGCCGCGCAUUUCUCGGCGCCGCUCGGCGGCGGCGGCAAGAAGAGACGGAAAAGGAAGAAGAGUCUUUCCUGGCACACGAAGCAGCGACCGUGGGUUCUUCCGGUGUCGAGCUUCGUCGGCGGUGCUAAAAGGGAGAACACCGUGAAACCACCCGACGGCGGCGGCGUUACGGCGGAAUCAACCGGAGAGGAGAACGAUUUACAGUGGGCGUUGGGGAAAGCAGGAGAGGACAGGGUGCAGCUAGCUGUCUUCGAGAAGCAAGGAUGGCUCUUCGCCGGAAUCUACGACGGCUUCAACGGACCCGACGCGCCGGAGUUUCUGAUGGCUAACCUCUACCGUGCGGUUCAUAGCGAGUUGCAAGGUUUAUUCUGGGAACUGGAGGAAGAAGCAGAGCUAAAAGCAAGUUCGAGCUGUCCAGCGGCAGAAGAAGUUAAAGUGAGGAAAAAGCUGCAUGAGCUUCUCGCAGAGGCGCAAGCAGAAGACGCGUUGGAUCUUUCAGGUUCCGACAGGUUUGCAUUCUCAGUGGAGGACAAUGCUGUGUCUGUAGGAAGUAAGAGAUGGUUGCUGUUGUCGAAACUGAAGCAGGGUUUGUCUAAGCAAGGAGUUUCAGGGAGGAAGUUGUUGUUCCCAUGGAAGCUUGGUGCGGAGGGUGAUGAAACGGAGGAGGUGGUAGGUAGCGUUAGAGUAGAGGAACCGGUUGAGAAGAGGAGGGAGAGACGAAAGGCGGGGACGGUUGAUCACGAGCUGGUUUUGAAGGCGAUGUCGAAUGGUCUUGAAGCCACGGAGCAAGCGUUCUUGGAGAUGACUGAGAAGGUUUUGGAAACGAACCCUGAGCUUGCGUUGAUGGGUUCUUGCUUGCUGGUUGCGCUGAUGAGAGAUGAUGAUGUGUAUGUGAUGAAUAUAGGGGAUAGUAGGGCUCUUGUUGCGCAGUAUCAGGUUCGAGAAACGGGUGUGAGUGUUGAGACAGGAAGAGUAGAAGAUCGAUGCAAUGAUUUAGACAAUGAUGAUGCAAACAAUGAGCUUUCAGGUGUGGGUGAUGAAGAUACUACACUGAACAAUGAAGCACCUUCGCAGAACAUGAAACUGGUUGCGUUGCAACUGACAACAGAUCACAGCACGAGCAUCGAAGAUGAAGUAACAAGAAUAAAAAACGAACACCCUGAUGACAACCAAUGCAUAGUGAACGACAGAGUGAAGGGACGACUUAAGGUGACUAGGGCGUUUGGAGCAGGGUUUUUGAAGCAGCCUAAAUUGAACGAUUCGUUACUGGAAAUGUUUCGGAAUGAGUACAUUGGGACGGAUCCAUACAUAUCAUGCAUACCAUCUCUUCGUCACUACAGGCUAACAGAAAAUGAUCAGUUUAUGGUUCUGUCAUCUGAUGGUUUGUAUCAAUACCUGAGCAAUGAGGAAGUUGUUUCUCUUGCUAUGGAGAAGUUUCCAGAUGGUGAUCCUGCUCAACAUGUUAUACAGGAACUUCUAGUCCGUGCAGCCAAGAAGGCUGGAAUGGGGUUUCAUGAGCUCCUGGACAUACCGCAAGGAGAUAGAAGAAAGUAUCAUGAUGAUUGCACUGUAUUAGUGAUAGCACUUGGAGGAAGUAGGAUCUGGAAGUCAUCAGGGAAGUAUCUUUGAGACCAUAUAAACUACAAGUUGAGAAAACAGAGAAACUCAAAAUGCUUCAAAGAUCAAAACGUGGCAAAAACUUUGUUUAAUUUUGGUCUGCUUUUUGUUUCCUUAUGUUUGUUUCUAUAGGAAUGUUCUUUUUGUCAGAUUAGGAGGGUACUUUUGUUUCUUUGUUUGAAAAUAGGGUAGAGAUUGGAAUAGAGAAGAAGGGUGGGGACCAAAAAGGGGUAAUACAUAGAACAUUUUCCU